AGCAGACAAUACAGUGGAGUACAACAGACGACACAACAUGGUGCAGCAGACGACACAAUAGGUGCAGCACCCCAGCAGACGACACAACGAGGUGCAGCACCCCAGCAGACGACACAACUUGGUGCAGCAGCACCCCAGCAGACGAUGCAGUAGGGGUACAGCAGACAACACGGGAGACGGGAGUGACGCGCCGAACCCUCUCCAAGAAGCAACUUACUCUCGUGUAAUUUAUCCGUAAGAAGCCUGAGCGUGGUAUUGAUUUUGGUAACAAAUGCCGGUCCGGAGUGUACAAUAGUGGUGUGACAUAGAGCCUGCAGAAGGUGGUGGCUCAAGGGAAGAGAGGCUCUGUGCCGAUACCUCUGUGCUUCCUUCCCUGGGGUCGCCAUCAGGGAUCUGUGUCACCCUCUAGGGGUCUGUGGCUCCGAACUGUGUCACCCUCUGGGGUCUGUGCCACCCUCUGGGGUCUGUCUGGACUGUGUCACCCUCUGGGGUCUGUGCCACCCUCUGGGGUCUGUCUGGACUGUGUCACCCUCUGGGGUCUGUCUGGACUGUGUCACCCUCUGGGGUCUGUGCCUCUGGACUGUUGUUACCCUCUGGGGUCUGUACCUCUGGACUGUGCCACCCUCUGGGGGUCUGUACCUCUGAACUGGGGUCUGUGCCUGUGGACUGUUGUCACCCUCUGGGGUCUGUGCCUCUGGACCGUAUCAUCCACAGGGUCUGGGGUCUGCCACUGGUCUGGGAGACCUUCAACAACCCACCCGACCAACAUUCUUGCCGACAUCUUGCAAAACGACCAAGAUGAGUGAGGAGUGUGACAUAGUAACACCACUAGAGCCACUCACCCCUUCUUCCUGUGGUGGCAUCUCGGCCUCCUCCUCUUCAGAGUUCUCCCACCGCAAGUUCCACCGCCAGGUCCCACACAGAGUGUUCGUCAACCGCAGUCUCCACCUUGAGAAAAUCCGAUUCUAUGGCUUCGACAUGGACUACACGAUCGCAGAGUACAAGUCGCCGCAGUAUGAGACUCUGGGCUUCAACUUUCUCAAACAGCGACUCAUUGUUAUGGGGUACCCGGAGGAAAUUAAAGAGUUUGAAUAUGACCCAACCUUUCCAACCAGAGGCCUGUGGUUUGAUCGGCUCUAUGGCAAUCUUCUCAAAGUAGAUGGUUUUGGCAACAUUCUGGUGUGUGUUCAUGGAUUCAAGUUCUUCAAACCAUCAGAGGUUUAUGAAUUAUAUCCUAACAAAUUUAUCCAGCUGGACGAGUCGAGGAUCUAUGUGAUGAACACACUGUUUAACUUGCCGGAGAUAUACAUGAUCGCGUGCCUCAUUGACUUCUUUAGUAAUUCUCCACAGUAUGUUAAGAUGUCUGAAGGCAUCAAAUCUGGAGAUCUAUAUAUGAGCUUCAAAAGCAUUUUCCAGGAUAUAAGAACAGCUGUUGACUGGGUUCAUAUGAAGGGAGACCUGAAGAAGAAGACUGUGGAAUGUGUAGAUGAAUAUGUUCACAAGGAUGAGCGUCUACCACUCCUCCUGGACAGACUGAGGGAUUCUGGAGCAAAGGUCUUCCUCCUCACCAAUUCAGAAUACUGGUAUACAAAUGCCAUCAUGGAGUACCUUCUCAAUUUUUCAGACAAGAAUGGUGAUGUUAGAGACUGGAAAACUUUCUUUGAUUUCAUAGGUGUUGAUGCAGGCAAACCGGGUUUCUUUCUUGACGGAACAAUCAUGAGACAAGUGGACACUACUACUGGGGCGCUCAAACUGGGAACACACACUGGAAAACUAAAGCAAGGACAGGUUUAUUCCGGAGGAAGCUGUGAUGUCUUCACAGAACUUAUUGGGGCCAAAGGGAAAGAUGUCCUUUAUGUUGGAGACCACAUCUUUGGUGAUAUCUUGAAAAGUAAAAAGAUUCGGGGUUGGCGUACCUUUUUGGUAGUUCCAGAGUUGGUUCAGGAACUUCAUGUGUGGACUGAAAAAUGCUCACUCUUCACCAAACUCCAAAACUUAGAUGUUAUGUUGGGCGAUCUUUACAAGAACUUGGAUUCCAGCACCUAUGAGCGACCAGAUCUAACUAAGGUUAGAGCAGCCAUCAAAGAAGUUACCCAUGAAAUGGAUCUGAGUUAUGGCAUGCUCGGAUCAGUUUUCAGAUCUGGCUCUCGGCAAAGCCAUUUCUCUACGCAAGUAUCAAGAUACGCUGAUGUGUAUGCCUCUACACUCCUCAACCUGAUAUAUUACCCCUUCAGCUACAUGUUUCGUGCCCCGGCCAUGCUGAUGCCUCAUGAAUCAACAGUAGCUCAUGAACAGCGAUUCCAAGUUGGAGAUGGACCAGUUUCAACUCGUUCAAGAGCAUCCAGUAUUCAAGUAGAUAGUCCAGAUAACCUACAGUCCAAGAGACCAAAGAUUAGGGUACUUGAGCGGGCAGAAUCCAUGGUGCCACACGCGCGAGCAGAAACACCUAAGCGAGUAACUCAUUACCACGAUGAAGAUGACUCGGAGGAGGAGAGUGACAAGUCUUCCUAGAACUGCCUCAACUUGGAGUAGUUUACUCUUAUGCUUUGCAUCAUCAUCUAUUACUAAAAGGUUCAGGAUAGUUGCAUGAACAGUAUUCAGAUAGUAUAUAAUUUAAUUGCUAAUUAUAAUACUGUGUAGUAUGUAAAUAUCCAUCUUUUUCUUUACAGUUCAGUCAUUUAAUUCACAUUGAGGCAGACUCUAUUGAAGUGUUUAAGUUUCCAUGGUCACUUGUUAUAUUAUUUCAAUAUUACUUUAACAAAUAAUAAAAUAAUUCAGUAAUAUUACUGAAAAAUAUUAAUAAUUGGUAAGAAAAUAAAUUUUAUGACAUAUUUAAAGGUUAAUCUAGGUUCACUGAAAGGUUAUUGCAAUGUCUGCCACCGGGGCUUAUCAGUUAUUGCAGUGUGCCACUGGGGCUUGUCAGUUAUUGCAGUGUCUGCCACUGGGACUGACUGGUUAUUGCAAUAUCUGCCACUGGGUUCACUUCAAUUAUAUGCAUACAGGGUAACAAUCUCAUGAUCUAUAUUCUGUUCAGUCUUAUUCCUCAUGCUUAAUUAGUGCAUGUUAUCACAUACAGUCCUUGAAUCUAUCUGCCACGUUGAGAAUAAGGCUUGACCUAAACUAGUACUGUGGUGUUUUUUCCGAGGCACGCUCGAAAAAACUUAUACAUAUACUGUGCUGUACAGUACUGCUGUAUGUAGAUGCCAAGCAGUUCGUGCUCACAACAUUCUAGUCCUAGGAUUCCAUCUAUCAAUCAGUGAACCGAGCCAGUCAAUAUUUAAGUCUGUGACGAAUAUUAAUACAGUAUUUUAUAUUAUCAUUUAACUUUUUUUGUUAAAUUUAUUAUUAUUUUAACUUUAUAUGUAGAUAUAUCUAAUGGGUUUUCAAAUACAUUUUACAAUUAUAUAUAUAUAUAUGUAGCCAGUUCACUAAUUUUACUGGAUUUAAAUCGAAUUUUAAAGCAAGCUUGUGCUUGUAUGAAUCACUGCAUAUCAAUUUCCACCAAAUUCCAUAAUUGCUGUUAUUAUUAUUCACAACAAUACCACAAAAGAUUAUUAUGAAUAUAAAAAUAUAUUCUCUAAUAAACUGUCACAGCUUAAAUUUAUUCUCCUAAAACAUUACGGUAAUUUAUUAUACCCAGUGUGGGGUAGAAUAGCUGCUUAUUAUUUGCUUCUUUUUGGAAAAGAAAACUGAAGGUUAUUAGGACACACACACACAUACGUACGACAUAUGUACAUACAAAUAUGUGUGUGUGUGUAUAUAUGUAUAUGUAUACUGUAUAUAGUAUAUAUAAUAUAUACACACACACACACACACACUAGUGACUUAGCAGGUAUACAGGACCCCACUACAGGGAAUGCAACACAGUGGGGUACCAUGGCAAACCCAGCACUCAGACCAAUGAUGUUGAGAACCAAGAAACAAUCCAGCUGGGACAGUCCCAUUGUAGACAAAGAAGCCAUAGUGGAGGCAACAACAACCCCCAGUGAUCGUGCACGUCUCACAGCUGUGCAGGCUUCCCAUGCAGUGGACUUCCUUUUGGCAGUCCCUAUGUCUGUAACAGGCACACAUCUUGAUUUGCAGCAGCUCCGUAUUGCAGUCGCUCUCUGCCUUGCUGCUCCUAUCCACACCGUUCAUAGGUGUAUUUGUGGCGAGGCAGAGGCAGACAAAUAUGGAUUGCAUGGUCUGCACUAUGGGAAAUUGGCGGCUGGCACUCUCGACACAACGAAGUCAGUGACAUCAUUAAGAGGAGCCUUGCCUCUGUCCAGUGUCUGGCAGAGAGCCCCACAAUCUAUUGAACCGUAACUCUGUUAGCUUUACCGGCCGACCAGAUGGAAUCACACUGCACCCUUGGAAGGGUGGCAGACAGUAGGCGUGGGACUAUACUUGUGUAUCCACCCCUGGCAAUCGCAUACAUCCACCUCUGUCGGCUAAGCAGGGGCCACGGCAACACACAGAGAAAGAGACAAGUCAACCAAGUACUGUACAUGGAAAUAGAUCACCGGUACAACUUCGUUCCAAUAUCAUCUGAGACCCUUGGUCCAUGGGGAGAGAGUGCAAGAAGGUUUCUUAAGGAUCAUGGUUCCAGGCUCAUUGUCACUACAAGAGACCCUAGAGCAGCAAGUUUUCUCUUCCAGUGCCUUGUGGUGAUCCAGAGGGGAAAUGCCUGUUGCAUCCUAGGUUCCUGCCCGGUGUCAGAAGAGUUCAAAGAAAUCUACAGCCUCUAGGAAACAAACUUCCCCUUAUUUCCUCUCAAUGUUCACUUUGUAACCAAUCAGAUAUGUAACUGAUUGGUUACAGAGGUGGGGUGCAUGCCCAAGAUACAGCAAUCAUUUCCUCUCUUGAUCACAACACUGGGGUGCCGGAACAGGAAACUGGCCGCUCUUGAGUCUCUUAGUUUGCCUAACGAGUUUCUCGCCCACCUCCUAAUCAUUUAGGAACUUAAGUGCACAUUUUCCCCAGAGUCUCGGAACCUGGUGGCAUGAACCUGUAAUGUUCUAGGUCCCUGUACUUUAUAUAUACUGUAUAUAUAUAUAAAAUUUAAAUAUAUAUACAGUAUAAAUAUAUGAGAGACUAAUUUGCCUACUGGCUAUGUAAGUUCUUAGUCACCAUUUUUGAUUACUGCACAAUAUCAUGUGUUGAGAUUAACCUCAAUAAUAUUCAUAAUUCUUGAAUUGGACAUUAUUUAUACAGACUAAAACGUACAAUUAGUUUAUUACGUACACAUUCUAUAAUUAUAUUUACCAAAUUAUUUUAAAAGUUAUGUUACUGAUUCACAUAACCAGUGUUAUUCUAAUGGUGGCAUUUGUUACUGCUAUUGAGCUGCAUGAAUUAUAUGCUGUUUGAAAGAGUGCACUUCGUGUGCUUUAGAUUAUACUGUAGGCCAUUUCUUGUGGGCUUUCUCUACGAAAACUCAUUAUCUUUACAUUUAAGGCUGUUGUAUAUAAUAGUACAAUUCAAUAAUCCAUCACAAUUUUCAUUUUUCUACCUCUAGGAUGCUAUAAUAGACGAGGAGUCUUUAGGACUGUUAAUUGAUUUAUAAGGCAUUGACUUUAUGGCUUGCUCAGUAUUGGAUUUGUAAAAUGUGUGAUAUUGUAACAUUAAUAUGAAGUAAAUACAUUUAAAACCCAAUUUAUCUGGGCUAGUUAAUCAUGGUGGAUUUAUCAAACUUGUAUAUGUGUGACAAUAUUAGGAAUCAAAACACUGUGACCUCUACACUUUAAAACACAUUUACAUUUACCCAUUCAAUUUUCUUUGAACAAUUAAGAUACAAAUGUGUUUAAAAUUUAAGCAAAUAUCCUUGAUGCUUUUUGUAGCAUACUUGUGCAUGCCAGUUAUGUUUCUAAAAUGUUUGUGAUGAAAAUUUUGAAAAUCCAGUUAGAAUAUUUAAAAUGAAAUAGUAUGUAUAUUACUUUGUCUAUGGUAAUGUUGGAGAUAUUAAGAUACUACAUUGAGGACUAGCACCCCCUACACUAACAAAUUUGUGAUUUGUAAUAUUCCCUGGAGUAUGCUUGGGAAUGCUCAUAAUUUCAGGAUGGAAAAUGCAGACGAAAAUGGUUUUAUAAUUGUUUGCUACAGGAUUUUUAAGAGACACAUAAGCUAAUCUAUAUCUAAAAGAGAAUGUGAGUUUGAGGUUGGAGGCUAGAUGCUUGGGGCUAGCCUCACCAAACUUUACAGUGACUGGUCUUUUGUCCAGGAAUGGUAGCAGACGGGUUAUUGUUGACCCUCAUCCCACCCGUUCUUUUACAUGAUGGUAAAUUAUAUUAAUUUCCAAGCUUACUAAAUACUAGACUCCAUCCUCAUUAAGAUUCAUCAAGCAUAUUUUCUACAUGAUUAAAUUUUAGUUUUGUGUAGUAUAUAAACACACUGUGUGUAGUGAAAAUGGUUUCAGUGUAAAGAGAAAGGGGUGAAGAGUAGCAGUGGUGGUGAAGGAGAGGUAGGGUGAUGGAAGAGAGGUAAGGUGGUGGUGAGAGAAGAUAGUGAUGAUGGUUGUAGAUAAGGGAUAACCAGUGGUGCCCAGGUACUGAAAAUUGUUAAUGAAGAUAGUGAUGAUGGUUGUGUGUAGUAAAGGUGUGGUGUCUAUUGCUUGAGCAAAGCUGGGAAUUCCCUUCUAGUGUGUAUACGCAGGUCUUAAGUGAGCAAUAGUGUCCUGCUAGCAUGGUGAGCAGAGGGCACUACACACCAUUCCUCACUAACAGCAGUGCAUUCAGGCUCUUCAUCUGAACCUCCUCAUUCCCAUAUUUUUUUAUUUUCAAGCUUUUUGGAUUGACUUCUUGCAUCAUGCCACCUAUGUAACAUCCUGCAUCUCCUGCUGUAUCAAAAGGUGAUGACAUGCAAAGAUGAAAGAUGAUAUUAAUGUUAGAAACGAUGCAAUAUAAUAUGCUGGCUGGAGAAUGGCAGAGCUACCAUUUCCAUCAGGCUGCCACUGUAAGAUCAACAGAUCUAGUACUUGUACCAUCAGGGUGAGUCAAGUAUUUUGUGACCGAGAUAUCCUGUCAUUGAGAAACUGAAGAUAUUUCUGGCAACAUUGAUGGAAGUGCAGAAUCUUAAGAGGCUGCUGCUUAAUUUAAAUGUGAAAAUGUAUGAAAGAUAUAUUAAGUCCUAGUGCAAGAAGGUUAACCAUCAAGAAGAAAAUUUAAAUGCCAACAAGGGAUGGUUGUAUAAUUUUACAAAGCACCAGACUGUAGAUGCUACAGGCAGAAAGUGUAGCAUCAAUGUGUGCAUGACCUGCAAUUUUGAUAUUGCAGCUACUGAAAUAGUUAAAAUUGCAGUAAGGUUUGGAGGGAAAGGAUAUAUAUUAAUCUACAAGGUGAUGACUGCAGGAAGAUCAUUUAGUCCCAUGAGGAAGAUCUGUCUGUAGAUGACUUGGUGUAGCUAACAGAUGAAGCCGAGAAACAGCGGCAGCAGUAAGACAAUAGUGAGAGAACUUCACAAGCCCAGGAGAUGACUUACAAAGAACUUACGUGCUUUAGAGUUAACAGGACAAUGCAACAGAAAUUUAUCCAAAUUAUCAGUGCAGGUUACAAAUUGGAAGGGCUAUGAAGAGUGCUAUUUAUUAUGAAAUUGACAUGGAGAAGUGAAGGCAAGUGAGCAUAAAGGACUAUUUUAAGCCUGUCAAGUCACCUGAUGUAACUCCUCCUCCUCCAGUCAGUCCAACACAUGCAGUUUAUCUCAAGACACUCGUCAACUUAUGUAAAUUUGAUAUCAAAUGAUAGCGCAGAACCAUCUCAUCUUCACCCUUAGACAUAAUACUCCUACAGCCACUUGUCAGGCUAGAGAUGUGAAAUGUGCCAAAGCUAGAAGAUAAAGGAAAAAAAAAGAGGCAACAUGAUCACUACAUACAAAAUAGUUUGAUUUGUAUGUAGUGAUCAUAGUGAGAAUCAAAACAAAUCUGGAAGAUUUAUUUUGCUUCUCCCAAGGAAAGGAGCUUCCUCAUGGCUUCAUAACUUUUACUGUGUUGUGCCAGUUCCCAGAUACACUCUUAAUCCUCGUCCACUUUUGUGGUUGAAGUGUCUUAUCACAUCACUGAUGGCGACUAAUUCCUUGUUUUUUAUGCCCAUUUCUUUGCUAUUUGUCAUGACAGGAAAGAGGGGCAUGGCACUGUAAUCAUACUUGGUUUAACCCCCCAUUCCUUUGUAUGCUCCUACAAUUUAUGUUUGGUGCACCUUUGUAAAUCAAAUAUUGUUGUUUCUUAUACUGACGAGCUAGCAAUACUUUAUCUCCACCUGCAUGUACUUGAAUCGGUUGGUAUGGAUGUUGCUUUUCGUUCCCAGUUUGAUUUUGUUGUCAAAAGUCCAAUCUAAAGAAUAGGCUGGCCUCGGACUGGGCUUGGGGAGUUGAACUCCCAGAACCCCAUCAAGCAAGUAUCAAGUAGGCUAACUACCUAGCUACCUUGUGCAUUGGUAAGAUUUCAGUUUAGGUCUCCAAGAACCCUUCAAGAAUGCAAGAGUCAGCACUAUUGUUCUACCAAAACUCACUGUUGGGAACAGGGAUCUUCGAGAUUGCCACGGGGCCAUCAAGAUCAUCUCGAAUUCCACGAUUACAUACUCUAUUAUCCAAGUAGAUAUAGUCACACUGCUCAUUUGCAGCAGCCACAAUAAUCCCAUCUCCAGAAAUUCUUGAGGGUAGCAUUUUGUCCCCUCCCAUGGUUUUACUGUCAGGUAUAAGGUCAUUGCUAUUUACAAAUCCCUGGUCCAAUGUUAAUUGGUUCAAUCCCUGGAAGGGAUGGGGGGGCAAGCUUCCUUAAACCUAAUGCCUCCAUUCAACUAGCAGUAAAAUAAGUGCUCAGGAAUUAGGCAUUGUUAUCGAUUGCAUCUUAGGAAGGGUAAGUAGUUGGCAUAGAGACCUCGAUAAGCCUCAAUGGCCAGGCAAUGGAAAUUAUUACUAACACCAAUGAGGCUGCAUUAGAGAGUAAAAAAAACAAGUAAUUGUGAAGUUAUAAUUUAGGUAGACUGACUUGUGUUAAACUGGGUACCCAGGUGCAAAUUCUAAAAUACAAAUUUUGGAGUAAUAAAAGCUUAAUUUCAGGCACAAAUGCUGAAAAAAGUGUCUUCAAGAGUAGGUUUAAUUAUCUAAACUUUGACAGCAAACUUCUACACAACUAGCAAAGGCACUUUCAUCACACCCUUGAAAGCUCUGCAUCUUUGAAUGGUACAAAAGUAAUUCCAGUUUAUAAUCACAAGCAGCAUUUCCUCCAAUUAAGUGUUGAAAAGUAUUUUGUUACUUGAAAGCCAGAAUGCUUUGUUUCUCUGACAUGUAUGAACUGUCAGGCAUUUUCUCGAAAAAGUUCAGUUUCGUCUACAUUACAUUUAAACACAAGCACUAAUGUUACUUUCAAUUAUUUAUGCAAAUUUCUCAACAAAUUCCGCUUUAUCAUAAGCACUAACAGCUUCCCUACACACUUUACUAAACCUUAUGAAGACUUCUGUAUAAGGUUAACAUAAAAUGUAUGUUCAUUGGUUUUUAACCAAUAAUAACAGCAGCUUUACAAUGUUGGUAAUAACAACUUUUUGCAUUUGUUAUGGACAAUUUCCUUUGGGGUGAAUUCACAUUUUAAUAGUCUAGCCUUGUCAUAAUAAUGUUUCCACUUAUCCAAAGUUUUACAGUGCACCAAAGAUAAGGCUAGUCUGUGUUGGUGUUUCUCCUUUAUCCGAGCUUUUAGUGAUUAAAAAAAAAGGUUAUGGAUUUAGUUUUUUUUUUGUACACUUAAUACAGUAUAUCACUACCAACACAAGUUUUCUCAACCAUGUUUUAAGAUUAUUUUCCUAAUAAAACCAAUUGGUAAGUACACACUGCUCAGAGUGUGAUGGCAAGUUUCCCCCAUACUGUACAUACAGUAUGUUUAUUAAAUGGCAUGACCUAGAGAUCACUUGUCGGCUAACUAGCAAUACGAAUUUACAGGAAUAUGUAUUUCAAUGUUGCAAUUAGAAAUUACAAUUGGUAAAACAUGGGAAGAUAAUUUUAUUGUGAAUACAGGGUAUAGUAUUAGUGUACUGUACAGUACUUGGAUGAAGGUAAAUCUUCAGUAAAAUUCUUUGACAGGUAAUAUGGAAGAUGGAUAUGUCAGUACUAGUUGAAAACUUAUCCCAUUGUGCAUAAUACUAGUACUUUCAUUAAAUAUUUUUGCAGUGCUAUGUAGUCUUCCCAGCUUGGUGCCUUCUUUUGAUAAUUUCUUGCUUAAAUGUUCUUGCAUGACCAAAUUUGUCAAUUUUUUGUUAUUUAUAUGAAAAUUAUAUUCUGCACAUGAUAUAAAAAGUUAAGCCUCUGGAGCUUACAGAAUAAUUUAGCAAUGCAAAUUACAGUUCCAUGCUAAUCCUCAAUGCAGUACAAAAAAUUAAUGUAGUCAGCAAAAAUUAAUAAGAAUGUAAUGCGUUCCAUUUAGUCUGGUAAUUAAUUUUGGUUAUCCUGUAGUGAUAUAUUUGUACUGUUCAUUUUAUUAAGCUAUUCCUUAAGAAAUACUGUACCUAAAUACAGUAUUUAUUGUGUUACUCUUUAAUUAUUAGAAAAAGUACUCCUAAUUAUUAGAAAAAGUACUCCAGCAAUUACAGUGAAGAGUACUGUAAAUUAUUUUGUGAUCCUGUUCCUUGUGGAACCUAUGCAAAAAUAAUCCUAACUUUUUUUCAUUAAAUGUGUAAUUUAUAAAUGCAUUCCAAUACUUUUCACAUUAUAUGAAUUAAGUUUUGAUAUGUUAUGACCAUUGCAAAAUAUUAAAUGUACAAUAAUUUAUACAAAAUACUAUUGAAUUGCUGAUCACUGGCAUGUUUAAUAUUAAUAUCAUAUGAUUUCAAUGAAAUUACAUUGAAGGACAAGGACCCAAUCCAUUUCCAUAGGUACAUUUAUUGUCACCAAGCAUGUUUAAACCCAGCCAUUAUCUAACACUAUAAUUGAAUUAUCCAUGUGCUAUAACAGGUAUUGCAUUUGCAUGAAGUGUUGAUAUACAGUAGAACCAUUUACCCCAGUGGUUCCUAAAUGGUGGGUCACGACCCCACAAAGGGGUCUUGAGUACUGUAUUUGAAAAUAGGGCCAUUCCCAAAAACUUUAAGAACCACUAGUUUAAAAAGUACUGUACGCGUGGUUCUCGUAUAUCACACUGGGCACCGUUGAUUGAAAGUGGCAGACAUUACAUACCUUUUUAACGUUAAGUCACUCUCCAGACAAAGUGCCCACUGGGAUGUACUAUAUACUGUACACAUUAUAUGAUACAUAUUAGUCUAAAAUUGAUUUGAAAUUGUAUUUAACCUGUAAUUUUUAAAAUGUUUUAAUAUGCAUAUACAAAAGUGCCUGAUUACCCAGUUUACAGAUUUUAUCCUGUUGUCUGUAGACUAUUUUAAUAGGUGACUAAUGAUAUUCAGCAAUUUUUUUUUACUAAUUAUAGUUUUUAAUUACCUUUUACCAAAAAGAUCCAAUAGUUGCCUUUAAAUUUCCUGUGAUGAUUAUUAUAGAGCUACGGGAAAUGCAUUCCCUCAAGCUAAUUCAGCUCGUGUUGUAAUUGACUUUAAUACUCUAGUAAAGAUAUUGACAGUU